AAAAAAAUUUUCAUUCAUUGUCUAACAAUCAAAGAAAUGUUUACAAAUAAUUUUCUAAAAUUUGCGUUUAUUGUAAGCGUUCUGUUUACAGUAGAAGUUGUUCUUAAGCAAGUAGAAAGUUCCAUGUCAAAUGCUCAUUAUGGGGACAAUUCCUAUCAAUAUCCCAUAGUAUAUCAACGUUUUAUACGACGACGACCAUCAAUGUAUCCACAUUAUCAAUAUAUGGAAGAAAUUGUCGAAAUAUUUGAUACAAAAGAGAAGCCUCCCUCUGGAGGCAGAAUAAUAAUGUCCGAUGAAGAGAUUGAUAAAUUUAUAUUCUGUGAUUUUAAUCGGCAUCUGGAUCAAUGUAAAAGUUAUUGGGAAUCUCGUAAGAAACCUACAAUUACCAGACCUACAACUACAAAUAAACUUCCAUCCAGUGGCAGAACAACUAUGACAGAUGAAGAGGUUGAUAAAUUUAUAUUUUGUGAUUUUAAUCGACAUCUGGAUGAAUGUAAAAGUUAUUGGGAAUCCCGUAAAAAACCUACAGUUUCCAGACCUACAACAACAAAAACACCUUUAAUUGAAACCACAACUACAAGUGAUCCUCAAAUAACAACAGAAUUUUCUGAAAUUCCACAUCUGGCCGAUAAUGAAGAUGAAGAUUUGAACUUAGAAAAUGAAACGAAUUAUGAUUAUGAUGCUGAUUAUGAUGAAUAGUACUUAUGUAUUAUAAUUUAAGUAAUUAUUUAAUUUCUUAUAUAGAAGCUCUAAUUUUUGUUUUUUAUAUCGAAAUAAAUUCACUAAAUAUAAAUAUUUUAAAAUCUUUGAGAAUCAUCGUUUAGAUGAGGCUCACAAGAUUUCCAUAAACAUAUUGUA